GAACAUCUAGCGGCACACCGCACACCUAAUUUCGAUUUCCCCUCGACUCGGAGAACAGCGCUUAUAAAAUUUCUUCUCUCUUUUAUCGUCAGCUCAUGCGAGAUUUAUCCGGAUCUUCAACAAUUUUAGGGUUUCCACCUCCUUCGACCUCCCUUUUCGUCUUAUUCCGAUCUCUUCCGAAGGGCCGUCGGCGUCUCGCUGUUGUUGUUGAUUGAUCCAUCCUCGCGUGAUCCAGGAUAACGUCGCAUCCAGAUGUCAGUAAGAAAAGUGAGACCUUGUAAAACUCUAAGCACAAUGAACCUUGAGCAGGAUAAUAUUGACAGUUUGAUUCGGCAAGCCAUAGGAAAAGAGUCUUUUCUCUCCCUCUCAAGAACUGGUGAUAGCCCUGUUCAGCUAAUAGAAUUGCUUCAUGCCUUUGAGCAGCAAGGAAGUGACAAAGUUUCUAAAAGCUCAAUGGGGGACAGCUGUGAUGAAUUCAAGGAGAACUCUGACAACAUUUUCUAUGCCGUCAAUUCCUUUUCCUCGGAAUCAAAUGGGAUUAAGGAUCCUCUUCAUGCUCUCAAGGGUUGGGAAUCUAAUACCAAGGGUUCAAAGGGCACACUUCCACAAAUGUCGUCACGCAAAAUUCCUGAAGCUGUAUUUGCAUUUGCUCAGGCAGCUGCAAAAGCCACCGGUGAGCCUGAAAAAUCAAACCUUCCAGGAUGGCCUUUGUUGUCACCCUCCAAAACACAAUUGCAGAAAUGUGACAAGUGUUCUCGUGAAUUUUGUUCCUCCAUUAAUUUUCGGCGGCACAGGCGCGUGCAUCGACGAUCUUUGAAUGUUGAUAAGGACUCUCAGAAAAGCAGAGACCUUUUAGGAACAUUUUGGGACAAGCUCUCUGUGGAUGAGGCCAAAGAGUUAGUGUCGCUCAGGAAUGCAACGGUGGAGGAAGUCACUGGUUCUUCUGUCAUCAAGGCUUUAUCUACAUGGUUUCGUAGAGCAGGGCUGUUGUCUUCUCUUCCACAGGGGUACAUUAAAGCUGGUUUGACACUUUUGGAUAUUGUCCAAGCAAGCCCUUCAAUUUCUCCCAUUUCAUCACAAGAGUUAUUCAGUGUUCUUGAUGAAGCAAGUGAAAAGACAUUCUUAUGUGCAGGGACAGCCUUGUCAUUGCAGAAGUAUGUCUUUGAUGGAGAGGUUGUGAAGAAGGCUUUGGAAAUUAGAAAUAUAGUAGCUUGCGCCAGUUUUUUAAUUGAAAUUGUACUGGUUAAAGCAUGGCUCGUUGACCAGGAUGCUGAAGCUCUAAGAUGCCAAAAGCUGCUUGUGGAUGAGGAAGAUGCCGCCCAGAAAAGACAAGCUGAGCUUUUGGAAAGGAAACGAUUGAAGAAGCUGAGGCAAAAGGAACAAAAAGUGAGCGAAACUUCCAAUGGUGGAAAAGUUGAUUCUAAGGGCCAUUCAGUUGACUCUCCUCCGGACCGCAUGGGAUCCACAGAAGUGUCCAGCUCUAGGGAUUCAUCUAUCGACUUCACUUCAGAAGAAUCACACAAUCAUGAACACCCGUUGGAUUUUAUGGAGUCAUCAGCUGCUGAUGAUGACAAGAAUACUGACCAGAGUGGAAGCCGCAAUGUACAGAAAGAAGAUCAAAAUACAAGCGAUUCAGCUUGCUGCUCUGAUGAUGCUGAGCAGAAUGUAAUCCACCAGACUCGAGGAACUGGCCAGAUGCAGCCAAAUCACUCCCGACAUGUUCACUCGAAAACCGCUCAAAUUAUUCCUAAUGGCUUUCAAGCAGGUCUGGUUUCAGCAUCAUCAAGGUCUUCAGUUAACAUUCGCCACAACAGCUCCAGGGACUCCAAGGCUAUAAGUCGUCCAAAUAACCAUAAGGUUUGGACCAUAAAAUCAAGGCCUGAGAGUGAAGAUGGAAGAUAUGGAGAACUUGCUAGUCAACCAUCUGUUUCUGACAGAGUUGAAGUCCUUAUUGGUUCAAUCAAUGUAUCACUCAGAGAUGGUGAUCUUCUACACCCAAAUACAAUCUCGGAAUCACAGAGACAGGAGAAGCUUGAGCUGGCUAAGCCUGAUUCAAAUCUGAACAGUGUCAGUAAGUCUCCAACAAAACUGUGGAGACCAGUGAGCCGCCAUGGCGAUGGAAAUUCCAUUGAAAUUGAUCACGGUGAUGUAAAACCUGGUAUUUCUGCUACUAAAGAUGCUGAACGGCUGCUACCCGAUGGAAGCUGUCCGGCUUUUGAUAAAAUAGUUUCUGAUUGCGAAAGUUGUGGAGGUGGACCUAUGAUGUUCUCAAGCGAAGCUGCCAAAGCUUUCCUCGCUCUGAGGUGGAAGGAGGCCAUUGCCGGAGAUCAGGUGUUGGUCAUUUCUUCCCCAGAAACUGACGCUUCAGGAGGUCCUAAUCCCAUUGAAGGUAACUUUGCAAAUUCACCCUUACAAACAUCGGAUUUUCACGGACGGCACGUCCUCGGACGUGUCGAGAAUCGGCUGGUGGGUACUGGCGUCAAUGACCCCGCAACAACUGGUUCGUGGCAUUUCAAAUUCAGACCGAAGGCCGAGAAGACCUCCAGGUUAAAAUAUGUUCCCAAGCAGAAGAGUUAGGCGUGCAGAGGAUUUUGAAGAGUUGUGCAGUUUCAAUUGACCCGUUUCUUAUUAGCAGAGGUUCGGUAUUCCGUGUUCUUGAAGCUAUAUGCCUUUUUGAAUCUCUUUCUGGUUUCAUUUUGCACUUGAUAGAAUUCGUUGAUGACCGCCAAACUAUAGUCUUUAUUUCUUUAAAUGAUUUAUCGGGGAACUUUUUUUAUCUCUGAAAGUUCUUUUUUUUUGUUUUUGUUUAUGUAAUAAUUUCUUCUUUGGUUUUAAUAGUAUUGAUUAUGAUAUCAUUUUGGAGGGGUCGUCCUUUUGUUUU